AUGGAAAACACACGCGGCUGCCUCAUUCGGAGUAACCUUAGAGCAUUAAUGGUACUGGUGGCCAUUACGGCGGUAGCGUUAGGAUUUAAGAGGUUCAUAAAGCUUGCCACGUGGGCCGGGAUUACUCUAUUGGGAGACAGAGCCGGCGGAAGGGCUCGUGUCACUUGGGCGUUGGCCACAAAUGGAGCGUAUCAAAUAUUAGACAUAAUAGAGGACUGUACUACCGCCGACGGCAAGAAAGUUGACAGGGUUGAAUGUACCAGGUCGAUACUAACAUCAGUGGCGGCAGUAGGCUUUACCUUGGCUACUAAACAUGACACGGGCUCAUGGUGGAAGAGGUCGACAGACGGCACUGGCGCUAUGCCUGUAGCAGCAGCAUAUCUGAAUGCCUUAUCGCACAGCACCGGCGUCAUGUCAGUGGAUGUUGACGCGGCAUGGGCAGAAGAAAUGGGGUUGAAUACGCAUGAUUUAGGCCACAACGUUAGCGUAGUUAUGACGCCGCAAGCUAUUAGCUCGGGAGCGGAUACACCGUUCAUGCCCAUCAAGAUGUCGAUACAUCAGGAGGUGGGGAACAUGACUUUCGCGCACAUAGUGCGUACCAACCUUACGCUGUCCUCAGUAGCCAUGGCGGAUGUAUCAACACUAGUAAAACGUAAUGGAUUUAACGGUUACCAAGGUACUUCAGGACAUGAGAUAUUUGUUGAAACCCAAAGUUACGGUGCAGUUGCUAAGUGGGACGACGUGGUCAACUGGAUGCAAAAUGGUGACAGGGAUGCCCUCUUGCUACAGUUAACGGUGAAUUCAAGGGCGGGCAUGAUAUCAGCGGUGGCAGAAACAUGUCUGUACGAACAUACACCGCAAACUGUACACGAUAACGGCUGCUGGGUUGCCUGGACUAAGCCAGAGACGGGGUACUUCCCGGUUGAGGACUUUGCGGAUAUGGGCUUUUGUGAAACCUACAGCAAUACCGUGUGUUCGUCCGAGGAGUAG